AUGUCUUGGGGAGUUAUGGGAGAACAGUUGGGAUGGGGGAUUAUAGAAGGGUGGAGGAAGGGCCCUUGGACUACAGAAGAAGAUAGGUUGCUCGUUGAGUAUGUCAAGUUGCAUGGUGAAGGAAGAUGGAACUCUGUGGCUAGGCUUGCAGGAUUGAAAAGGAAUGGAAAAAGUUGCAGACUGAGGUGGGUGAACUACUUGAGGCCAGACCUCAAGAGGGGACAAAUAACCCCUCAUGAAGAGAGCAUAAUUCUAGAGCUACAUGCUAGGUGGGGGAACAGGUGGUCAAAAAUUGCACGAAGCUUGCCGGGAAGGACCGAUAACGAGAUCAAGAACUACUGGAGGACUCAUUUCAAGAAAAAGGCAAUAGUCUCCUCUGACAAGGCUGGAAAGUUGAGAAGUCGCCUUCUGGCAAGACAACAGAUUCAGUUUCAGCAGCAGCAGCAGCAGCAGCAACAACAACAACUGCAGCAACUCCAAAACCAAGUGGACAUGAAAAAGAUCAUGUCAUCACUUGAUGAAAGUGACAAUAGAGUAGCGCCGUUUUUACCUCAAUCGAGGCAAGACAUGGCCACGGUAUACCCUGCAGGCACAGCUGAGGAACAAGGCUUCUUGUAUUCCAUGUUCAAUGGCUGUGCAUCUGUGGCGCCAGGCGAGGGCUUUAACGAGGACACUCUGUGGGACGGCAGCUUGUGGAACUUGGAUGAUGUCCAUGGCAAUUUGAGCAUGGCCUGUGCAACAAGCAAAGUCAGUAUGCACAGUUUGGCCACCCCUUUGUAUUGA